CCCCACUAGUUGUAGUAGGAGUGGCUGUGGCUGCUGCCAUUGCACGCCGGACGCCGCUACCACUAGAGCUCUAGUCUCCGCCGCUAUUAUUACCCCUACCGCGUGUUUACAAAUCGAUCACACUCUCGCUGCGUGGUGGCCGCAGUGGAGCGGCGCCAUUGUUUAUCUCCUCGUUCCGCGCAGCUUGAGCGAGGGUGGUGUGGUGGUAGUGGACAUGGAGCCGUCGCGGCGGCUUCUGCUCUCCGACUACGACGGCGCGAUCAUGUCGCCGCUGCCGUCGCCGUCCACGUCGUCGGCCGCGCCGUUCAAGCCGGGCGUGGCGGUGGUCGUGGGGAUACUGACGAGCGUCUUCUCCAUCACCUUCCUCCUGCUGCUCUACGCCAAGCACUGCAAGCGGAGCGCCGCGGAGUCGUCGGGCCCCUACGGGAGCGGCGGCGGCUCCGGAGGUGGCGCGGCGGGCGAGCGGAGGAACUCCGGCGUGGAGCGCGCGGUGGUGGAGUCGCUCCCCGUGUUCCGCUUCGGGGCGCUGCGCGGGCAGAAGGCCGGGCUCGAGUGCGCCGUCUGCCUCGGCCGCUUCGAGCCGACGGAGGCGCUGCGGCUGCUGCCCAAAUGCCGGCACGGGUUCCACGUCGAGUGCGUGGAUACGUGGCUGGACGCGCACUCCACGUGCCCGCUCUGCCGCUCCCGCGUCGACCCGGAGGACGUGCUGCUCCUGCCUGAGCCGCCCAAGCCGUCCACCACGGGACCUCCCGAACCGCCGGAGCAGAAAGCUGCCGCUGCCGUUGCUACGGUCAAGGACAAGAGCAAGGACGCAGCCUUGGCUCCUGCGCCUGCACCCUCUCCGGCGUGGCGAAGGAUAGCGGGCCGGCACUCGACGGGGUCGGUGCGAGCGCCUGGGCGGGUUGGCCCUACGUCACGGCGGUCGGCCGAUCUGGAGGUGGGAGGAGGCGAUGGUGGCGCGGCUACGGUGGGCUGCUUCGACGUCGCGAAGGUGAGGAAGGACCGGGUGCUGAUGGUGGAACCGGCAGCCGCGGUGGCGGAGCCCGAUCCGGUCGCGUUCGACCGGCGGUUCGGGCACCGUAUCCUGGUGAGCACCGCGUGCGGCUGCGACGACGAGACGGCCCCGGCAGCUAAGCAGCGGUGGAGCGACCUCCGGCCGGCCGAUCUGAUGUUCGUGCGGUCGGAGAUGCUGGUGACCGAGACCGGGCGGUACUCCUGCUCGGCCGCCGUCAACUCCGGCAACCGCGGCAGGGCCGAGAUCAGCGGGCGCUGCCUCUCCGAGAUCGCCGGCGUGAGCCGCCUCCCUCCGAUCCGCGCCGGCGCGGAAGCGCGGGCCGGGAGCGCGCGUCGGUGGCCGGGCUCGAGCUGGUGGGCCCGGGGCUCGCCCGGCGUUAACGGCCCUAGCACCUAGGCCGCUGUUGCCGGGCCCCCAGAAAGGCAUCCGCAUUUUCUUUCCCUGGCGAGACUGCCCCUCACAUGGCCACGUUAUUACGGAGCAGUAAAGGCAUCGCCCUGCACUCCAGUGGGUUCACGUGAUGGGCAUUCAAGUAAUUAUUGCCCCUCCCGUCCCUACCCCUACCCCGGGGCCGGGCCACGCCAUGGCCGCCUCGGAAGCCGCGACUGGAGGAGGGGAUGUUGCUUUGGCGCGCAUCUCGAGGUGUCCGCUCCGCAAUACGGGCGGCCGCGAUCGGAUCCUCUGCGGAUGGGAGCCACAUAAUUCCGGCGUGUGUGGGUGCUCGCGGCUGGUGAGGUUGGUUUCGGCGGCUUGCGCCGGCCGGGUCGGGGAUGAGGGAACCACGGAGAAAAGGCUGUUCGUAUGCGUGUUGUAAUUCUUUUGUCUGUACUACGAGAGAAAGUGAAGUGCUGCGACACCGUGCCUUUUCUUUUGUACAA